CCGGUUAGCAUUCGUGCAGAAAGUCGAGCGUGUUUUGUUUUUUAUUUACGGAUUUAACGAUAUUACGGCAGAGUUAAGAUGUUUUUCUUUUCAUACCAUCUUUUUAGUUUGUUUUAAUGUUUUGAAUGAGCCUGUCUCUAAUUUUUUGCACUGGAAGCUCUGGGUCUCUGUGAACCAUGGCAACCACCUCCUCCUCUUCCCGUAGCUUUUCCUCCUCCUCUUCUGUCAGGUCAGACCAGAGCCGAGAGAGGGACCCAUCCAGAGACGUCAAGACUCACUUCAGAGUUUGUCGCUUUAUCAUGGAAGCAGGGGUCAAGCUGGGCAUGCGCUCGGUGCCCGUGGCCACAGCCUGCACUCUGUACCAUCGUUUCUGCGCCCGUGUUGACAUCACCGCCUACGAACCCUUUCUCGUCGCCAUGAGCUGCAUGUAUUUAGCCGGGAAAGUUGAGGAGCAGCACCUGAGAACACGUGACAUCAUCAAUGUCAGCCACAGGUGUUUUCGCAGCGGCAGCGCUCCUCUGGAAUGUGACCAGGACUUCUGGGACCUCAGGGACAGUGUGGUGCAGUGUGAGCUCCUCAUCCUCCGACAGCUCAACUUCCAAGUCUCAUUCCAACAUCCACACAAGUUCCUCCUGCACUACUUGCUGUCCGUGCGUGCGCUGUUGAACCGUCACGCCUGGGCUCGCUCCCCCGUUGCCGAGGCGUCGUGGGCCCUCCUUAGAGACUGUUACCACGGCGACAUGUGCAUCCGUCACGCCCCUCAGCACAUGGCGAUCGCGGCCAUCUACCUCGCCCUCCACAGCUACGGUGUGGAACUGCCCAGAGGAGACAAGGAGUGGUGGGAGGUGCUGUGUUCAGACGUGACCAGGGCCGAUAUCGACGCAGUGAUUUCAGAUCUUCUGCAGCUCUACGACCUGGAGGCAAAAUGUGUCUGAACCAACACAGCUACAGCCUACGGGGGGCAGCACUACACUCACCCUGCAGCCAAGAGGAGCCAGCAGGGGGCAGAGCAGGAGUGAAGUAAGACUGGAUGAAAACCAGCUCCAAACCAGGUCUAAUCAGGUCUAAACUAGGUCUGAAACCAACUUGUUAUUGUAAUUUUAUGUGUGAGAGACUUGCUUAUCAGCUCAGCAUUUUUUUUCUGAUUGGAAUGUGUUAAAAUAAAGCUCAGAUUAAAGUCUAAUAGAGCUUUUGACAGAGCAGUUCCUACAGGUAGCAUCACCUCCCCAGGGAUGUUGAUGACAUCAGUUGCAAAGUGUAGAGAAAACAGCCAAUCAGUGAACACCUCCUGACAGACACUGGAGUCAUAAUUGAUCCUGUACAACACUUUGUGGUAGUGAUGAUGCUGUUUGUUUUGCUGUGCUUUAGAAAUAAACUUGACCUUGACCUUGACCUGGAGAGGAAAUGGUUGAAGCAUAAAAGUCACAUUUAGACCAAGACCAGACCCGGACCAGACCGGGACUAGACCAGGACUAGACCAGGACCAGACCAGGACCCACUGAGUCUGGAUUUGUCUGUAUUUCUGAAUGGAGCUACUGUUCAGAUGUGAUGAAAACACAGCUGUAGCAGUACUGCCGUCUGCCACAAGAAGGAGCUAUUUCUUGCUUUUUAAAAAUAGGAUUUCUCACUGCAAAGUACUUUAGUCCUCUGGACAUAUCACCAAAGUCAUGGAUAAGCUGCUCAAGGAGUUACUGUAACUGUAAGGUCUGGUGGACUUUAAAAUCCCUUCAGGAAAUGUGUCAUCUACACCUGACCCAUCCUUCAGUGUCUCUGGAAUAAACCUGCAUUUGACCCAACAUUCAGUAUCUCUGGAAUAAACCUGCGUUUGACCCAUCCUUCAUUGUCUCUGUGUGUGACCCAUUAUUCAGUGUUAUUUGGUGUGCAGUAUGUAGCUGGAGGAUUAUUGUACUGUUUUGAUUACUGGGAAAUUCAGGAGAAAUCAACCAGACGCAGGCAGAACAUGCAAACUCCAUACAUUUUGGAACUCGAACCUGAAACCUGUGGUGUUAAGGCUGUUGCACUGUUUCAACCUGGACUGUGGCUGACAAAAUAAUGACUUUAGUUUCUAGUUGGUUUAAUUUAAUUUUUGAGCUAAUUAUGCCAAAUUUUGUACAAAUGUUUGUGCUAUUUAACAGUUUAAGCUUUGUGUGAAAUAAACAUGUUUUGUAUUUUU